CUCGCCUGCGCGCUCCGUGCCGUUUUAUGCUGAGCACAAGGCACACAGAUGUAAGUUUAAUCCAGGCAACAGUAAAAGCUGGGAAAUGAAUCCUUCCCCGUUCUUAUUUUUUUACAUUUUUUUUUUUUUUUACUGAUGUGCAACUGUAGUCAGAAGAAUUUUCAUCAGUCAGCGCGGCUGUAAAGGUGGACUUGGAGAUGAAAACCUGCUGCUGGAACUGUGUGGCGUGUUUUAUUCACUCCAUCUCUUUGUGUGGAUCUAGUCGUUGCCACUCUUAAGGCUUGGCUACAAGAGGGUUUUUUUUGUUUGUUUUUUUGGUUUGUUUUCCUUUUAGAGAAAGCUGCAGGACUACGACAGUUUUCCUUCAUCUUCACAUUAAACAGAAGGACGAUUGAAUGAAUCAAAAAGAACACAAUUCUAUGCUCAUUAUGUACAGUUUAACGCUUUUGAUUUUUGUUUUUCGCAUUUAGUUGGACUUCAUGUCUCUAACUCAGUGAUUGCAGUUUUGCUUGGUCCCAGCUCAGAGGAAAAAGCAACAAUGUAGUCCAGGGGUUUGGACUUUCUCGGACAGGAUUUCCACCUGAUCAGUGAUCCGUCACUCUUUGCGAGCAAAAAAACCGUGGAGGGAUUACUGACGGUCUCGCAGCGUUCGCCUCGAUUUGGAGCAUCCUUCAGACUCAAUUACUACACGUUCUGGGGAGGGUCCUCACACUCUCUGCCUCGGGGGAGUUUUUUUCUGUUUUUAUUCAGAGAAGAAUUUAAUCAGAAAAGACCUUAAUUCAGCCAGAAGCCAGGAUGCAGGUGUCAUUAGUGUGCACAGAUCACCGUGGGGGGGUGAGCCGCAACACAGAGGACCGGCUGAACCGUCAGAACGCCAACAGCCCCAGCACAGGAACCCGCAGCAAGUUCAGAGCGGUGGCGAUGGUGGCUCGCAGUCUCGGGCAACUCUCAGUUCAGAGUGUGCCCUCCUCCAGCGAGCAAAGUGUGAAGACUGGCAUGAAGUAUAGAAACCUUGGAAAGUCUGGCCUGCGCGUCUCCUGCCUUGGAUUAGGAACAUGGGUGACAUUCGGUGGACAGAUAACAGAUGAGAUGGCAGAGCAGCUGAUGACUCUGGCCUAUGAAAACGGCAUCAAUCUGUUUGACACAGCGGAGGUCUACGCUGCUGGGAAGGCAGAGGUGGUUCUCGGGAACAUCAUAAAGAAGAAAGGAUGGAGACGCUCCAGUCUGGUGAUAACAACGAAGAUCUUCUGGGGCGGAAAAGCCGAGACUGAAAGAGGUUUAUCUCGAAAACACAUUAUAGAAGGUUUAAAAGCUUCUUUAGAAAGACUGCAGCUAGACUACGUGGAUGUGGUUUUCGCCAACAGACCCGACCCCAACACACCUAUGGAAGAAACUGUAAGAGCAAUGACCCAUGUGAUAAACCAAGGUAUGGCCAUGUACUGGGGGACAUCCCGCUGGAGCCCAAUGGAGAUAAUGGAGGCGUACUCCGUGGCGCGGCAGUUUAACCAGAUUCCUCCUAUAUGCGAGCAGGCAGAGUACCACAUGUUCCAGAGGGAGAAAGUGGAGGUGCAGCUGCCUGAGCUUUUCCAUAAGAUAGGUGUGGGCGCCAUGACUUGGUCUCCGCUGGCCUGUGGGAUCAUCUCAGGGAAAUACGACGGCAGGGUGCCUCCGUACUCUCGGGCGUCUCUGAAGGGCUACCAGUGGUUGAAGGACAAGAUCUUGAGCGAGGAGGGCCGGCGUCAGCAGGCGAAGUUGAAAGAGCUGCAGGCAAUCGCGGAGCGGCUGGGCUGCACACUGCCCCAACUCGCAAUCGCGUGGUGCCUACGGAACGAGGGGGUGAGCUCUGUCCUUUUAGGGGCGUCCAACACCGACCAGCUGAUGGAGAACAUAGGAGCGAUCCAGGUUCUUCCAAAGUUGUCGUCGUCCAUCACCCACGAGGUGGACAGCAUCCUGGGGAACAAGCCGUACAGUAAAAAGGACUACCGCUCCUAA